GUUUCCUAUCGGAGCAGGAACACUUCCGGUCUGAGCCGGAAGUGGCGUGGCGAUAGCGAAGUCUCUACGGUUGCGGGCGGAAGGGGGAAGCGUUAGCGCCGGGGAAGCCGACGCCUGGUCCCCUCUCGUUCCCAGCAUCCUCUCUGUUUCAAGAUGGCGGCGGGAUGCCGCUUUCGGUAAAGGGGGGCUGAGGAGUGGCUGUUGUUCGGUGGGUUCGUGGCGAAAAAAGCGAAACCUUGAAAGUGACAUCGCUGGAGCCAGCGUCUUAAGCCAUGGCUGUGGUUGUGGCCAAGCGGGAAGGCCCCCAGUUCAUCAGCGAAGUGGCCGUCCGAGGGAACGCGGCUAUCCUGGAUUACUGCAGGACGUCGGUGUCUGCCCUCUCGGGAGCGACGGCUGGCAUUCUCGGCCUGACCGGCCUGCACGGAUUCAUCUUCUACUUCCUGGCCUCCGUCCUGCUCUCGGUGCUUUUGGUCCUAAAAGCCGGGAGGCGGUGGAGCAAGUACUUUAAAUCGCGGCGGCCCCUUUUCACUGGGGGGCUGAUCGGGGGCCUCUUCACGUACGUCCUCUUUUGGACUUUCUUGUACGGCAUGGUCCACGUUUACUAGGAGGAGCUGCGCCGAGCUCGAAUGGUUUUAAUGAAGCAAGGUGACCUCUGCUAAACCAUUUUCCCGGGGAGGGGGGGUUGUCGAUCCAUUCAUUGCACUGCUAACGCUGUCUGUAACUUAUGUCAGAAAACAAGGUUGUAGAAUCCUUCUAAUUAAAGGGAAUGGAAAACA